GAGUCCCUAAUGUUUGUUGAGAAUUGACAGAACUAUUUUUUUUAACACAUGGAAAGUGGCGGCCGGCAACCCACAUUGUGGCAUGAGACCCACAGCAUAACCAUCUGACAACCACUUGAGAAUUAUCUACUUCAUUCCCAUUUUUCUAUUUCUGAGGAGCAAAUAAUUCCCUUCCAAAGGUUGCCACUUGAUUCCAUUAUACCCUCGUCAAUGGCGGACCAACAUUCCACUUCCCACCUCCACCGUCCACUUCUGCCCACGCCCACCGUCGCCUCCACCACCCAUUUUGACUGCAAAAAUUUCUUCUCCUCCAAUUUUGCUGUCUUCCUCCGCCUCGCGUUAAUCCUCUCCGUUGGACUUGUCUCUUUAUGGGCCAGCCACGAAGAAUCUAAAGGCUUCCAAGUCCAGAUCUUUAACGAUGCCGGAGACUCCCCGGCUGGCAAACGAUUCGCCCUCUUCUACAUCUCCAAUGACCGAGCCACCAGAAUUCUCCUCAACGCCAGUACUUUCAUCGAGCACUUGGUCUAUGCCCCCGACGACCAUCCAAAUCAGAGGAAGCCAGUUCGCCGGGUCACUAUCCGUCUUACCGCCACCGGCAACCUAACCGCCGAUGAAAUCGUCACGAGCCACGGAAGCGCCGACGAAUUUGUCAUCCGAUUGAGUCCGUCCCUGAUGCAAGGGCCAACUGCCGGAAGCAGAGACACUGCCAUUGCUUCCGCCCUCUUGCGAGGCAUGGCACGAGUCUGGCUGUGGGACGGCGGGGAGGAGUCCAGAGCUCCAUUGUGGGUGAUCGAAGCUGCUGUGGAAUGCGUGAGCAGGAUGGCAGGUUUCGGCGUCGGUGGUAGUUGGGAGAGAUUGCCGGCUGAGAUCGGUGAUGGUGGCCGCCGGCGGCUGUGCUGGGCGGAAACGACGGAUGCUAGGACGCUGGCGGGAUUUAUGGAGCACUGUGAGCGACGUAGUAAGGGAUUCAUCCGGCGGCUGAAUCAAGCUCUGAGAAGCGGGUGGAAGGAUCGAGCGACGGUGGAGGAUGCGGCAGGGAAGACGGUGAAGCAAAUGUGUGAAUCCUACGAACACUCUUCACGGCCAAAUUCUAUUGUUGAUUCGUGACAAUUCUGAUUUGUGUCGGAAUAAUUAGAUUAAUAUUUU